AUGGAACUUGCUGUUGCUGCGCUAAAUACGAUUAUUGGUAUUUUAUCUGGAAAUUCAUAUUAUCAUAAUCAAAGCCACUAUUUAAUUGGUGAAAUUGUUUCCAAUAAAAGUUCAAUUUGUCGAGAAGUAUCAUUAGCAUUACAAACAGUUAUUAGAUUAUUUCCUCGCCGUUAUAGUGGUAACAAACGAGAUGUAUCAGAAUUCGAUGAUACUAAGCAAAGUGAUAAAAAAAGAGUAUCGCGUGAUGACGAAUAUUAUAUGAUAGUAUCAAAUAUUACGGAAGUAGGUGCCAUAAAAAAUUUCUCCAAAGUUGACACAAUGUUACUUCAUGCCGAUGGUGAUGUCACAUUGCAUAAAUUAGUUUAUUACGAGCAAGGGAGGAGUGAAACCUCUGGUGGUGUAAGCUUAGUUUGUGAUGCUUCGGACGGCAUGCACGGUGGGUUUGUGAUAGAAACUGGUGUUACAUAG